AUGUCGAGCGAACAGACGGACUCUGUCUUGAAUCCUGUAGAUGGUCACCCAGAAACUAUAGGAGAUGCCGUCGCCUUAAAACCAAAGAAGACGAAGCUCUCCAAAAAGAAGCGUGAAGCCGCAAGGAAGCUUGCAAACGAAGCUACAUCUCACGAGCAACCAGCUGAGAAAUCAAUGAUGGAGCAUCAAGAAGCAUCAGGCGAUGGAGCAUCAGGCGUCGAAGUCAUCGAAUUUGAUGACCUCGAAGCAUCUGCUGCUACGCCUCCCUCAGUAGUACCAGGUCAUUGGAGAGGUCCAUCGUCGUCAAGAGGACGAGGAAGCCCUCGUGGACGUGGAAGGGGUGAUCCAUUUCAUGCUCGUCCAUCAUAUAAUGACAGGAAUACGUAUCAGCCCAUGCAGAAUGCUUACUUUAAUCAACAAUCAACUUCACCAUUUACAACCUCCUCAUCGUCGUCGUCAUCUGCUUCGCCUUUUGCAACAAAUCAACACACCGACCAAUCGGCCUCAGCUUUUCCUCUGCCAAAUAAACCACAACAUAACAGUAAAGGCAAGCAAACACCAGAAAACUGGCGUCAAAAAAAGGAUGUAAUAACAGAAGAAUUCAAUCGUCGACGCGAUCAGCCACAGCAUCAUUCACCACCACAAGGUCCAUUCGAUCACACCAAUGCUAUGCCGAUUCCAGGACAAUAUGAUAAUUCAGCAGGAUAUGGAACGCAACCUCAGUAUUAUCCGCCAUUUUCAACUCGUGGUAGGGGUCGAUCGCGAGGAUUUGUUGCUCCUCCACCAAACUUCCAGGCACCACCACUGCCAAUGUAUAAUCAGGACGGUCAAUUCGGUGGAAGAGGAGCUACAAAAGAUCAUCAUAGUAGAAACAACUGUUACGAAAAUGGCUACUAUUCGCCGCCUCCUAGGCCGCCAAUAUUCGAACCAACGUAUACACGUGGAGGACGUGGAAGAGGCACUGCCAGUAGAGGAGAGCACAAUAGCCCACCACAUCACGUAGACAAUGGGUCGAAUGGAAGGAACGCAUCUCGCUCGGCCUCUACUAUGAACGACCACAUCAAGUUUGGUGGUAGUGAUGACACGAUGAUGCCUGGUGGUAGUGGUAGUCGUGGUCGUGGAUUCAAACCUGAGAUGUUUGAUGAGAAGGUUGCGGACAAGGAACUCUUCAACAAGUCUGCACCCUCAACCCCCCAAAGCCAACGAAGUGGACAAGGAUCAACGCCUCAAAGUCAACGAGGUAGUGCAGGACGUGAGCGUGUUGGGGGACAAAAGCUGUACGAUCACCACACCAACAGUUUCCAAGCUCAUGACGAAGAUAGUCAUCGUAAUCGUCGACACAAUAGCAGCAACAGUAAUAGUGAUUCCCUAGCUAGGCCUUCCUCCAACCGCAAAAACGGUAAUAGUUCAAGUCCAUUCUCACCGUCAAAAUCGCCACGUAAACCCAACAAUGGGAAAUCGCUCUUCGAUGAAUACAUGACAGCCGUUCAAGUAGAGGAAGGUCUCAAAAACGGCGAAUUAAUCAAGGGAAGCUUACGUAUUAACAAGAAGAAUCGUUACCACGCAUACGUGCCUGUUGAAGGGCGUGAGCGAGAUUUAUUCAUAAAUGGUCAACGCCAUCGUAAUCGAGCAUUCGAUGGUGACAUUGUCAUUGUCAAACUGCUGGAAGGGAAAGAAUUGUUGGAAGAACGUGAUAAAUUCUUGAGUUUCAGAGAUGUCAAAAAGGCUGAUUUCGAUGAACGUCAAAAGAAGGUGCAAAUGGCUGUUGACGAAAAUAUGAUGCAUGAAGAUGAUGAAGACGCAGAUGAGGUAUCACAAGAAUCUGAUGAAAAAGAUGCUGGUCGUACCCUCAUUGGUGCUGACGAUGACGAAGAUGAAGCCCUCGCAGAUCGUCAAUUCGGCAAAGUAGUGUAUAUUUUUGAACGAAGUCCAAAUCAAACCUUUUGUGGUAUCUUGACCACGGAUCGAUACUCUCAACCAAAGGAUGGAGCAUCUUCUCUUCCAUCUGAUACACCUACAAAAUCUGCCGCCAAUACGAACAAUGGAAAUCCAGACACUCGAUACAUUUGGUUCAAGCCGAGUGAUAAACGAGUCCCUCUCAUGACUGUAUCACGAUCAGAUGUACCUAGCGAAUUCUUGGAUGAUCCACAAGCAUUCGCCAAUACAUUGUUUCGAGUUUCUGUUGCUCGAUGGUCAAUCAACACCAACUAUCCAUUUGGUCGAUUACAUGGUCCAGUCGGACAAGUUGGCGCUAUUGGACCUGAGACUGAUGUCUUGUUGAUAGAAAAUGGUAUCAACUGGGAUGUCUUUACUGAUGAAGUGUUGGGGUGUUUGCCACCCACGCCUUGGACUAUUUCAGAAUCCGAAAUCGCCAAACGACGAGACUUUAGGAACGAGAGAAUCUUCACCAUUGAUCCUCAAACAGCUCGAGAUCUAGACGAUGCAGUAUCAUGCAAACCUCUAGAAAACGGUCUAUACGAAAUCGGAGUGCACAUUGCUGAUGUCUCUUAUUUCGUCAAGGCUGGAACACAACUGGAUCGUGAAGCACGCAAUCGAAGCACCACGAUAUAUCUAGUACAGAAAGCUAUACCCAUGUUACCACGACUGUUGUGUGAAGAAUUGUGUAGUUUGAAUCCGAAUGUUGAUCGAUUGGCCUUUUCGGUUGUUUGGCAUAUGAACGAAGAGGGUGAAGUUGUGAAUGAGCCUUGGUUUGGACGUAGUGUUAUUAAGAGUUGUGCCAAGAUGUCUUAUGAUCAUGCGCAAGCUGUCAUCGAGGGCAAAAGCUGGGAAGGGUUGCCACCUGUCGACAUUGGCGGUGGAUAUUGUUUCACUGACUUGACCACAGACAUUCUGAAAAUGUUUGAACUGAGUAAAAAGAUGCGAGCACGUCGUUUUGAACGUGGUGCUCUAUCGAUCAAUUCAAUCAAGUUGUCAUUUGGUCUGGACGAGGAUGGUAAUCCAAUGAGGUGCCAUCAAUAUGACAUUCGUGAUAGUAAUCGUCUCAUUGAAGAGUUCAUGCUAUUGGCAAAUAUGGCAGUCGCAACAAAACUCUGCGAAACAUUCCCAGAUGCUGCUCUCUUACGUCGUCAUGAAGUACCGUCAUCAUCUGCUAUGAAAGAAUUUGUCGAAACUGCAAACAAGCUUGGAUAUGCUAUAAAUGCAGAGACGUCAAGUACUUUCCAAGCGUCGUUUGAUGCUAUUGAAAGUGAGACUGUGAGGGAUGUUAUGAGGCUACUCGCGAUUAAACCAAUGAAGAGGGCCAAGUAUUUCUGCAAUGGGAGCGCAGAAAUCACUUCAUUCCAUCACUAUGCUUUGAAUGUGCCGUUGUAUACCCAUUUCACUUCUCCCAUCCGUCGAUAUUGUGAUUUGAUUGUCCACCGUUUACUAGACUGUGCAAUUCGAUCUUCCAAAAACCCACUCAACACCAAAGUAGUCGAUGGAAUAGCCAAACGAUGCAACACAAUGAAGGAUGCAUCCAAGAAUGCCCAAGAAGCAUCCCAACGACUAUACCUCGUAGCCUACCUAGAUCGAAUUGCCAAACCCAAUGACUCAGUAUUUGAGAAGGGCAUUGUGUAUCGUGUAGGACCACGAUUCUAUGAUGUACUUGUUGAAAAGUAUGGAAUUGAAAAGCGGGUAUGGGUUGAGGACUGUAUGACUAAGGAGGGAGCACUUGGAUGUGAUUUCGAUGAAGAUAAGAAUGAGCUGCAUAUCUUUUGGAAGAAGGAGGGUAGUAAUAGUCCUGAUCUUGAUACGAAGGAUAUUGCUUUGAACGGGUCGAAUGGCAUCGCUUCGCCUAAUGGUGUUGCUUCGCCUAAUGGCGUUACUUCGCCUCACAGUAUUGCUUCGCCUACGAAUGCUACACAUGAUAAUGCUAUGAACGGAGACAGCAGCAACACCGAUUAUAGUAUAGCUGCCACCAAUGGAAACGCUAGUAGUAGCAGUGAUAGUGAUGUCAAGGGCAAAGGAAAAGCUCCAGUCGUUAUCUCGGAUGAUAGUGAUGACGAAUGGACUACCGAUGACGAAGAAGAAGAGGAAUCAAGAGUAAAAACAGACUCUGCCGAAGCCGAACUUGUCAAUAAAACAGCAACCCUUGCUAUAAAAUCAAGUCCAGAUACCCCAAUAACAACCAUAAAAUCACUCAAACCACCAUCAUCUGGAUCAGCAAAGAAAUCACCAUUCAGCAAACGAAUGACACGACGAAACAUUGACAAGGAUCAAGUUUAUGUCCAAGUCAUUAAAGUAUUUGAUUAUGUGGGCUUGCGGAUCCUUCCAUUGUUGGCACGAACGCCACCUGAAGUUAGAUUGUAUGGUGCCAAUCCGACGAAUAUAAUUAAUAGCAGAAGUGGUCGUGGAGGAGUUGCACAAUCAGCAGAAGCUCAAGAAGGUUAUGAUUCAGCACGCAAGGACUUUGAGGACAAUGUUUUGAUUGAAUCUUGUCCUGCACUUGCUGAAGAUGCUGAUUGA